CAGCCGAUGGGGAGGAGUUUGUGAGUGUCCUGACUGAGCUGCUGUUUGAGCUUCACGUCGCUGCGACCCCAGAUAAACUCAACAAGGCCAGGAUGAGAGCGCACGAUUGGGUGAGAGAGGUGGAGACACCUGUCGUCACAGAUACCAUCGUGGGGGCGACGGACGAGGAGCAAAGAGGACAACCUGAAAUAAGAGAGGGAGAAGAAGAGAAGCUGGAGGAGAAGAAAGAGGGGGAGAAGCUGGAUGAGAAGAAAGAGGGGGAGGAGAUAAAGGAGAAUGAGGAAGAGAAGAAGGAGGGGGAGGAGAUGGGGGAGGAGAUGAAUGAGGAAGAGAGACGAUCCAGGUCUGUAGAGGCAGUGUACCUGUGUUCAGUGGGCUCCCUGGCGGAGGUGACAGCCCGCAGUAUCGAGCAGCUCCACAAGGUGGCAGAGUUGAUCCUCCACGGACAGGACCAGGAGAAACCUGCUAGUGACCAGGCUCACAUUCUCACCAGGUUGACAUGUGCCAUGUGUCGGGAGGUGGGCUGCCUUGCCAGGAAGUUCUCUGAUACUCUGCUCAAAGUUGGGGGUCAGAGAAAAGCAGAGGAGUUGAACCCUUUGGUAGACAGUGUGCUGCUCGAGGGUUCCAACAGCACCACAUACAUCCAGAACGCCUUCCAGCUCCUCCUCCCCGUUCUCCAGAUGUCACACAUCCAGACCCAGCGCUCUAGAACCCGCACGGAACCACAGCCCUAACCCUGUCGUAACCACAGUAACACACCUCAUACUGCAGAGGUGCAGUUAGCAUACUAGCUAGUCCUAAUGAUGUAACUAUGUACAGUAAGAUAAUGUGAUAUAUAUAUAUAUAUAUGAACAGUGACACUGAGGUAAACUACUAGGUGCCAUAGUAACACUGACUAGUAUAUCUUUAAACUAUUCUAUAAUGCAGUAACAUAGUAUAGAUUCAUGUAGGGAACAACUUCUCAGAUUGAAGCGCUUGUACUCAUGUCUAUUACGCCUCUCCAAAUUGAUUAUUUUAUUAUAUAUAUAUAUAUAUAUAUAUAUAUUACUGUCCAGAGGUAAAUCAAAACAUGAUUCAUAUCAACUGGCUAAUUUAACCGGUUUAUCAGAUUAUGUCUUUAUCGUUUUUUAAAAAGCGAAACCCCCCCAAAAAAUGGUUAUGUUGUUAUUGUCACGUAAACCAGAUAGGCUAACCGCUAGGCUACAUGCAGCAGGUAUUGGUUACUGGCCCCAACGCGCUAACCGCUAGGCUACAUGCAGCAGGUAUUGGUUACUGGGCCCAACGCGCUAACCGCUAGGCUACAUGCAGCAGGUAUUGGUUACUGGGCCCAACGCGCUAACCGCUAGGCUACAUGCAGCAGGUAUUGGUUACUGGCCCCAACGCGCUAACCGCUAGGCUACAUGCAGCAGGUAUUGGUUACUGGGCCCAACGCGCUAACCGCUAGGCUACAUGCAGCAGGUAUUGGUUACUGGCCCCAAACCGCUAACCGCUAGGCUACAUGCAGCAGGUAUUGGUUACUGGCCCCAACGCGCUAACCGCUAGGCUACAUGCAGCAGGUAUUGGUUACUGGGUCCAACGCGCUAACCGCUAGGCUACAUGCAGCAGGUAUUGGUUACUGGGCCCAAC